UCAGGGCCCUAGCCUUACCCAGGCUCUCCCUGGCACCCUGAGCGGCUCUCCCAGGCGGGGUGGGGUGGGGCGGAGCAACCCGGGAGCUUUAAAGAGCCCCAAACAUAGUCUCCACCCAAGGCUGCUGCAUCUAUCCCGCCAGACGUCAUGGCCGAGAAUCCCAAACUCCAGCUGUUUGUCAAGGCCAGUGAAGAUGGUGAGAGUGUAGGGAACUGCCCCUUCUGCCAGCGUCUCUUCAUGAUCCUGCUACUCAAAGGUGUCCCCUUCACUCUUACCACUGUGGACACCAAGAGGUCAUUGGAUGUGCUGAAGGACUUUGCCCCCGGCUCCCAGCUGCCCAUUCUGCUGUAUGAUGGAGAAGCCAAGACAGAUAACAUCCAGAUCGAAGAGUUCCUGGAGGAGACCCUGGGGCCACCCAAAUACCCCAGCCUGGUUCCUCGAUAUAAGGAGUCUAACAUGGCCGGUAAUGAUGUCUUCCACAAGUUUUCAGCAUUCAUCAAAAAUACUUCUCCUUCUCAAGAUGAAGCCUUUUAUAGGCCCCUGCUUCGUGCCCUGGUGAAACUGGAUCACUAUCUGAACACACCCCUGGAGCAUGAGCUGAUCCGGGACCCGAAGCUCACACAGUCCAGGCGUCGCUUCUUAGAUGGUGACCAACUCACCUUGGCAGAUUGCAAUCUCUUGCCCAAGUUGCACAUCAUCAAUACCGUGUGCACCCAUUAUCGACAGGCACCCAUCCCUGCUGAGCUCCGUGGGCUCCACAGAUACCUGGAAAAUGCACUGCAGGUGAAGGAGUUCAAGUACACCUGUCCACACAGCUCAGAGAUCCUGGCUGCCUAUGCGUCUGUGGCGAGGAGAGCUCACCCAUCUGUGGGGCGAGCUCGCUGAGCUCUCGCCUCCCCUCUCCUCGUGGAAUCUGUCCCAUCUGGCCUUCCCCACCGCCCUGCUGCUCCUCCCUACACCUGCCUCUGGCACACGGACUUGCUCAUUUGUCACCUCCCUCUGUGAGCACACAACACAACCCAUUCCUCCUCCACCAUUUUGUGCUUUUCUUCCCAAUCUGGCUGAAGUCAGGGCUUCCAGGAUUUCCUCUCUGAUGGCUACUCCUGGACUGACCUUCCUCACUCCUAGUGGCCUUUGCACUGAUGGGUUGGCUUAGACUGUUAAUUUGCUUCGGAGGAGAAUCCAUAAACAUAGUCUUUGGUCACAUCUAUGUGCAGGUGUGAGUCAUUUUCCCCAGGGCAGGGGCUGUGAACAGACUGUGGUCCCCUGAUUAUAGCCUCCACCCCCAUCCCUGACCUGACCCCAAAUCAGCUCCUGUAGUCCUGGGGCCAUUCCUAGACUCUCAUGUUGACCUCUGGCUCUGCCUUCUACUCAGGCACCUCAGGAAUGGCACACGCCCAAUACCUGUUAUCCCAGAACUAACACCCCAUGGCACGGUGGAGCUUAUGUAGGCUCCCUCCCAGACACAGGGGGAAAUCAAGGCCCAGCCCCUUUGUAACUCUGCCCAGAGACUUGGGAGACCAGAAACGCAGCUCAAAACCAGUUGGGCUGGGCUGGGAACAGCAGAAAAUCUCUAGGGAGGCAAGGUGACAGAGCAGGGCGCAGAGGCCACCUCCCUGAGCCGGGUGGGGAGAAGAGUAAGAUUGUGAAUGUUCUCAGCCAGCUUGACCACAUUCCCUGGCUCCUCUCUCUCAAUCCUAUCAGCUAAGCCAGCUUCUGCUUCUGAAUCCCCAGACCAUUCUCACCUUCCCCUAGCCUGCCUCGGGCUUUUCUGGGGCUCUGGGAUAGUAGACCCUACAGAGUAUGUCUGUUUUGCUUUUUUGACCAUGUCUGGCUAUCCAGCCACAUGGAAUACAUCUGUUCUGUGGCUAAAGUCCUCUCCAGGUUUGGGGAGAGAUGAAGCUACCUUUGCAGACUCUUCAGCCUCAGGUUCAUGGGGACUGGGCUACUAGACAUGAUCAGAAGAGUCUUAAUUGCUGUGUGUAUCCUGUCACUUCUACUGAAAUCAGAACACAGGUUCAGCUUCUGGCUUGGACAUUUAAUAGUUUUGGGUUUGGUCACUUCAAAGCCUCUUCCAGACUCAGUUUACUCACUUGUAAAGAUAACACUUCCACUACUUCUAAAACCAGGCUGUUGUGAGGAAAGCACAUUGUAAUUUUAAGGCAAUAUAGAAACAUGAGCCAUUAAAUCCAAAUUGUUUCUGUCUCCGUA